UCUUCAGAGUCUCCUCCGGAGAGGACGGGACGCCGCCGCAGCAUGCCAGGCUCCUCAGACAAGAACGCCACCGCCAUGGAAACCACCUCCUCCGCCGCCACCCCUUUCAGAGUCACCGUGAGUACUGGCUUUCUGAGUCGACGGCUGAAGGGCUCCAUAAAACGCACCAAGAGUCAACCAAAGCUUGACCGGAACUCCAGCUUCAGACACAUCCUUCCCGGCUUCAGGAGCGUGGACAAUGACAGAUCGCAUUUGAUGCCAAGACUGAAGGAGUCUCGCUCCCAUGAAUCACUGCUCAGCCCCAGUAGCGCCGUGGAAGCCCUGGACUUGAGCAUGGAGGACGAGGUCAUCAUCAAACCUGUGCACAGCAGCAUCCUCGGCCAGGACUACUGCUUCGAGGUCACCACCUCCACAGGAAGCAAAUGUUUUUCCUGCCGUUCGGCGGCCGAGAGAGACAAAUGGAUGGAGAAUCUGAGGAGAGCCGUGCAGCCGAACAAGGACAACAGUCGGCGGGUGGAAAAUAUGCUGAGGCUGUGGAUCAUCGAGGCCAAGGACCUGCCGGCCAAAAAGAAAUACUUCUGCGAGCUCUUCCUCGAUGACUCGCUGUACGCUCGCACCACCUGCAAGCUCAAGACCGACAACCUGUUCUGGGGGGAGCACUUCGAGUUCAGCAACCUGCCCGGCGUCCGGAGCAUCACGGCGCACCUCUACAAGGACACGGACAAGAAGAAGAAGAAGGAUAAAAACAACUACAUCGGCCUCGUCAGCAUCCCCGUCCUGGCCGUCACCGGGCGGCAGUUUGUGGAGAAGUGGUACCCGGUCAGCACGCCCACCCCGCCCAAGGGCAAGACGUCGGGCCCCAUGAUCCGGAUCAAGGCCCGCUAUCAGAGCAUGAACAUCCUUCCGAUGGAGAUGUACAAGGAGUUUGCGGAGUACACCACCAACAACUACAUGAUGCUGUGCUCGGUGCUGGAGCCGGCCAUCAGCGUCAAGAACAAGGAGGAGGUGGCGUGCGCGCUGGUGCACAUCCUUCAGAGCACCGGCAAGGCGAAGGACUUCCUCACAGAUCUGAUGAUGUCUGAGGUGGACCGCUGUGGGGAGAACGAGCACCUGAUCUUCAGGGAAAACACUCUAGCCACGAAGGCCAUCGAGGAGUACCUGAAGCUGGUUGGUCAGAAGUACCUGCAGGAUGCGCUCGGUGAAUUUAUUAAGGCUCUGUAUGAGUCGGAUGAAAACUGUGAGGUGGAUCCAUCCAAGUGUUCCUCUGGUGACCUGCCAGAGCACCAGAGCAACCUGAAGAUGUGCUGUGAACUGGCCUUCUGCAAAAUCAUCAACUCAUACUGUGUUUUUCCACGAGAACUGAAAGAGGUCUUCGCGUCGUGGCGGCAAGAGUGCAGCAGCAGGGGUCGGCCGGACAUCAGCGAGCGGCUGAUCAGCGCCUCGCUGUUCCUGCGCUUCCUCUGCCCGGCCAUCAUGUCGCCGUCACUUUUCCACCUCAUGCAGGAGUAUCCGGACGACCGCACGGCACGCACGCUCACUCUGAUCGCCAAGGUCACGCAAAACCUGGCCAACUUCACCAAAUUUGGAAACAAGGAGGAAUACAUGUCUUUCAUGAACCAGUUCCUGGAGCACGAGUGGACCAACAUGCAGCGUUUCUUGUUGGAAAUCUCCAACCCCGAGACGAUCUCAAACACGGCCGGCUUCGAAGGCUACAUCGACCUCGGCCGCGAGCUCUCGACCCUGCACUCGCUUCUGUCGGAGGUGGUCUCCCAGAUGGACCAGAGUACGGCCUCAAAGCUGAGUCCUCUGCCCAGGAUCCUUCGGGAGGUUAACACGGCUCUCUCUAACCCGUCCUGCGUCCAGAUGACCCCGGGGCCGCCGUCGGAGCCCGUGGGUUCCCCUCCCGCCGAGGCCGGCUGCAGCAUCUCCACCGGGCUGCAGAAGAUGGUCAUAGACAACGAGCUGUCGGGAUUGGUCGACUUCACCCGGUUACCUUCGCCCACUCCGGAAAAUAAGGACAUCUUCUUUGUGACGAGGAGCUCGGGUAUCCAGCCUUCGCCUGCUCGCAGUUCGAGCUACUCGGAGACUAAUGAGCCCGAGCUGGGCAUGUCCAACGGCAACAAAAGCUUAUCCAUGGUGGACCUGCAGGACCCCCGCAAUCUGGAGGCUGGGACAGCUCAGAGCCCUUCGGAUGUUCUGGGUGAGAGCCAAGCUUCUGGCGGGGGCUGGCCAGCCAGAGUCUCUCAGGGCAACAUCCCAGGCGGUCCCACCAUGCGGAGGCCGGGUCAGGCCCCCACCACCCCAAACACGGACAGCACUCCUGGCCGACCCACCCAGCUACUCGCCCCGCUGUCCUUCCAGAACCCGGUUUACCAGAUGGCGGCCUGCUUGCCGGUGUCUCCUCGAGGAAUGACUGAUUCGGGGUCAGAGUGCCACAGUUCAGUUAGUUCCCAUAGCAACAAUGAGGACGGGCCAGCAGGAGGGAAGCAAGCCUUUGUGAACCAUAGUGGCGGCGGUGGCGGAGGAGGCGGGGGAAGCAGCGGCGAUGAGUACACCCGGCGCUCUGGGGAGUUCAACCGUCGGCAACUGUCGCUAACGGAGACCCAGCACCAGCCCACCGUCCCGAGACAGAACAGCGCCGGCCCCCAGAGGAGGAUAGACCAGCCUCCCCCCCCGAGCGUCACGCGAGGCCGCACCCCGCCGAAUCUGCUCAGCAGCGGCCCGUACCCUCGCCCCACCUCCGGCAGCAUGAUGACGUCAUCGCCCGACUGGCCGGCCAGCGGCGCUCGUUUGCGGCAGCAGUCGUCCUCCUCUAAAAGUGACAGUCCCGAGACCAAACAGAGAGCUCAGCACAAACAGGCCCCCUCCCCAGUGAACCCCAGUGCGCUGGACCGCACAGCAGCCUGGCUUUUGAAUAUGAAUGUGCAGUAUUUAGACCAUGAGGGGAUGGAGCCCGAGUCACUAAGAAACAGAGAGGAUCUGACUCAGGUGGAGAAGUACCAGCAGGAGAUCGCAGUGCUGCAGGAGAAACUGCGCGCCUCCGUGCAGAAGCUGGAGGAGUACGAAGCCCGUCUGAAGGGUCAGGACGAGCAGGCCCAGAAGGUCCUGCUGGAGUACCAGGCCAGGCUGGAGGAGUCGGAGGAGCGUCUGCGUAGGCAGCAGGACGACAAGGACCUCCAGAUGAAGAGCAUCAUCAGCCGGUUAAUGUCGGUAGAGGAGGAGCUGAAGAAGGACCACUCUGACAUGCAAGCGGUCGUGGACUCUAAACAGAAGAUCAUUGAUGCGCAGGAGAAGCGCAUAGCGUCGCUGGAUGCCGCCAAUGCUCGUCUCAUGAGCGCGCUCAGCCAGCUGAAGGAGCGUUACAGCAUGCAGACCCGCAACGGCAUCUCCCCCACCAACCCCACCAAGCUGCAGAUCACCGAGAACGGAGAGUUUCGGAACAGCAGCAACUGCUGAGGCGGCUCGGCGCGCGUCUGAGGCUCCCGGGCGUUGUACAGCGUGUUCCUCCCCCCUCCUCACCCCACCUGGGUCGACGAGUGCCUGUUUAUAGAUGGGCUGUGAGACUUGUGUGUGUGUGUGUGUGUGUGUGCAUGGAGGUGUGGGUGCGUUUUAGAAAGGCAGUCGGCGUACUUCCGGAAGACAUUUCCACUUUAUUCCUCAGUUUGGAGACAAACGUUUGGCACGAGGACGUUUUACACGAGGGGCCACCCAGAAGGAGUGCAGCUCGGAGCGGAUCACCAGAUGGCCUUCACCGGGGGAGGAUGGUGGAGAGAGAGCGGAGGCAGGGCAGAGCCUGUACAUAGAAACUCCGAGCCGCGGAUGAGUUGAGUCGCUGCGAAUACCCGAGCGCCCGUCCACGCCUGGGACAAACCACUAUAAGAGACCGCAAGCGUCGACCGUCCGCUCCUACCUUUCCCCCUCCCGACAGCGAAGUGGGCCCAUUUAACGUCGAGGAUUUUCACUUAAGUUUGUCUCCAGAGGUUUACUUUCCAACGCUUUAUCUCAAAGUUUAUGUUUUUAAAAGAACCAAAUAUGAGCUAUAAAUAGAUAUUUUUAAAUCCAAAACAAUCUUCUCCACGUCCCUUUUAACUCAGAGGUGUGUUCCUGAGCGUCCCGUUUACCCUCUCACCCCUGCAACCUCCCCUUUCCCCCCAAAGCAGUGCACUUUGUGAAAAGCUAUUGGCACACGAAACGCCUUAACUCGGGAACACACCUUGACUUUAACCCCGCACCGCCUCCCGAUUCUGCAAAAAAAAAUCAAAACGCAAACCCCAUAAAGGCACAACUUAUACUGUGGAUUUGUAGAGAAAACGACGUAAAACGAGAUGAGAUGUAUUAUAAAUACUAAAGUAAAUGAAUUCUAUGUGAUGCUAUAGUAAUGAAAUUUAACAUAGAUGUAUGCAUUUUUUUUUCUUCUAGAGUAUACACACACAUAUACCUAUAUUUGAUAAUGUCAAAUAUAAAAGCAGCCCUUUAUUUAAGAGAUUUAGUGUUAUUUUUCCUUCUCUGAUGGCGAGAGACUGUAGUGUGUAGCUUGCUU